CACGUAAGCGCAAUCUUGCUAAUGUUUUAGGACAACUUAUUGAUAUGAAAUGUGGGAAAGCGUUUAAUUGACAUUGAUUUCUAGAAAUGGAUCGGAUUGUGAACGAAAUUUGCGACGAAAAUGACUUAAAGAAAUUUCAGAUCUUAUAUCAAGAGCAAGUCAAACGAGGUGUUGUUGAUGAAAAAGCACAAUUUGAAUAUGCUUGGUGUUUAAUCAGGGGUAAAGCUCACUCUGAUACAAAGAAAGGAAUUGCACUUUUAGAAGAUUUAUUUAGAAGAAUAAAGGAAGAUGAAGGAAAAAGAGAUUAUUUAUUUUGUUUAUCACUUGGAUAUACAAGGUUAAAAGAAUAUGAAGAUGCGUUAAAAUAUGCUAAAGCCCUAUUAAAAGUUGAGCCUGAAAAUAGACAAGCACAAGGCUUAAAACAUUAUAUAGAGGAUAAAAUGAAGAAAGAUGGCUUGAUGGGUAUGGCAAUAGUGGGCGGAGCUGCACUAGCUAUAGGAGGUCUUGUUGGAUUAGGAGUUGCAUUAACGAAAAAGUUGAAUUAACAAACUGUGUUAAGGGGAUCACUACAUUGAGGACCAAAAUAAUAUGUUUCUUUUCCUGUAUUUGAAACAAACCAUUAUUUUUUAUGUUGACAUGUUGGUUAUCUAGUCUCUAUAAAAACUAGUUAAAUAUAUAUUCUGCAACAUUUGUUUGAGGGACUUCACUAAUUUGUUUUAUUGACAAAAAAUGCAGAAAAAAUACAUAACUCAGUUAUUUUGAUUGAAGCUGUAACUGGACAUAAGUAAUUAUCGCUAUUUUACAAAUCUUAUCUUUGAUCUUGCUGACUGAUCAUUUUCUAUCUCAGCGGAGUGGAGUGAUAUGAAAAAUUAUCGCUUGAAACUAAUUAAAUUAACAUGAAAUUGACAACAUUGUCAUAGGUAAAUUAGCAAUAAACAGAUUAUCAUUGUCAUCUCAACUCCAUUGCUUUUCUCACUUUUGCCGUACCGGCUCAAGAGAGAAAAUCAAUCUAGUUGAAAUGAUCAACGAUAAUCUAUAUAAGACUACACAAAUUAUUGAGUAGGGUCAGAAAUAUGAAUUUUAAUAUAGCAAAAAGCAGCUUUUUAUUCAGUGAUUUUUAAAAGUGAAAAUUUAGACUUACAAAAAAAUAUAUACUAAAUAUGUAAAUUUACAAAUUUUGUAUUUUGUUAUAAUCAAACAAUUAAUUUGUAAGAAAUUAAUUUUGAAUUGAAGAGUGAGAUUUAUUGUGUUUUUUUCUUUUUUCUACUGUUUAAAUAUGUUGAGAAUGGACAUUUUCUGGAAUAUUCUUUCAAGGGUUUGAGAGAAAUUUACAUGGAUUUAUUGCUGACUUGACAGAGAAUGGCUAAAUAAUAUAUAUUUUAUGCAUACAUUUGUCAUUUGUUGUUUAUUUACAGAAUGAAAUAGGUGCCCUGCAACUCUUUUAUCAAAAAUUCUUUUGACCAAAAAUCACUUAAAAGUCAUUUAUAAAAUGCAAUUUCAUUUAUACAUAAACUACAAACUAUGUAUUAAUGCAAGUGGAUGAGUAUCCCAAUGUUAAGAACUUCCUUAAAUUGCACUAAUAAAAAUCAUAUAUUCAUCUUUUUCAAAAAUUUCAAAAAUAAAUACACAGGAUAAAUUCUGAAUUUACAGUACAUGUACUUGCUUGAAUAGAACACUCACUGAAUCAAUACAAUUUAAGCCUUUCUAAAUGAGUUAUUGUCCGGUCCCCCUCUCUUUGCAAAGUUUUAAUAGAGUUUUAUUUAUACAACCAUUUUUAUGUGCCAAUUAUGUAAUGUUAAUUUGUUUGUGUUUUGUCUUGUGAAAGUUUAAAUUAAAAGUUUGCAUUUAUUACAUGCAUUGUGUAGUGCAAAUUUUAUUAACAAGGUACUUGUAGCAAAAUUCAAGUAUGAUUCCUGUACAUUUUUUUUUAUGAAAACUAACUUGAAAAUAAAAAUUUGAGUUGAUA